AUGGACUCCCUCACAACCGCCGCCUCGGCCCUUUCCCCGGCCCAAUGGUGCCAGGUCUUCUUCGGCCUCUCCUCAGCCGCCGUGCUGGCCAUCCAAGUGAUACCCAAGGCAGCUCAGCACGCGAUACUCGACUACGGCGCACGCUCGCCGGCCACCACGGAUGACCAGACGAAGGGAGGCGGGCCGCAGGUCACGAACAUGUUCAACGACCUCGUCAAAGCUUUCGCCUCCAUCGGCCAGAUCCCACACGCAUGGUUCAUGCACUUUUACGUCGCCUCGAUCGCGGGCUCAGCCUUCUGGGCGUUCGAGUAUCUCCGAAACGGCCCCUUUCUCAGAUUGAUUGCGGCCAGGCAGGCGCAGUCGGCAAGUCCCGCCAUGAGCCUCGAGCAGACCAUCCUGAUCUGGGCACUGAUGGCGCUGCAAGGCUCACGUAGACUCUAUGAGUGCUUCUUUGUGAUGAAGCCCGGAUCUUCCAAAAUACUGAAGAAGUAUUCGCUUCCCGAGCAAGGUCUCUUUCGAUAUCUCGUCUGUCCUCAUUACACCUGCGAGUGCCUCCUUUAUCUUGGUCUUGCCAUUGCAGCCGCACCGCAGGGCCAAAUGAUCAAUCGUACGCUUCUCAGCGCUUUCUGGUUCAUCGUAGCAAACCUCGGCACAACCGCCGACGGAACCAAGGAGUGGUAUGCGCAGAAGUUUGGUGCCGAAAAGGUGGCUAGCAAAUGGAAAAUGAUUCCAUUCCUCUUCUAG